AUUGUCAUUUCCCAGAAGGAGACAAAACCCAGAGAAAGAGCGAGAGAGAAUCGGUAGAGCGGUUGCAUUUGCAUCCAUGGCAACAACAACCCCUAAGCGAUCACACGCCGUUUCCCUCGCAAUCUUGGCUCUCUUUUCCGCUCUCUGCGCGGCCAAAGAGAGCGUCUACGAGGUCCUCCCCAAGUACGGCCUCCCCAGUGGUCUGUUACCCAACACCGUCACCGACUACACGCUGGACGCCGAUGGCCAAUUCGUCGUCGUUUUGGAGAAGGCCUGCUACGUGCAGUUCGACUACUUGGUCUACUACGAGAGCAAGAUCACCGGCAAGCUCAGCUAUGGCUCCAUCACCGACCUCAAGGGCAUUCAGGUCCAGCGCCUCUUCAUCUGGUUCAACGUCGACCAGAUCAGGGUCGAUUUGCCCCCCUCCGAUAGCAUCUACUUCCAGGUCGGCAUCAUCAACAAGAAACUCGACGUUGACCAGUUCAAGACCGUUCAUCAGUGCCGCAAAUCGCUCUCCUCUUCCCCUUGCCUUCCUCGUUCAAUUCAGCUUCCUGCACCUGUCGAAGAAAUUCCCAUGCUUUUGACGGAGUAGAACACGUUUCGUACGAGUUGUUGUAUGGCAUAAUGGAAUAACAUUUUAACCUGUUCUCCAUUGCCUAGCUUAUAUCUGUCAAAGUGUCAAGACUCGAAAAACUGAGUCUGGUCGCGUCAUAUUAUAUCCUCUGGGGAUCUUUAUGAACAACAUAUUAUGUACAUAUCUAAGUUGAGACAUCUACUUCAUGUGUGUUGCAGAACUUUUCUGUUUCUGGUAAGAUUUAAACGUGCUUAAUAAUGAAUGACAAAGUUGGGUCUUACUAAAA